AUGGUUACUCUUGUUUGUGUUCCCGAGUUUUGCUGUUUGGUGCAAAGAACGCAGAGAGAAGGAUUUGUUGUUUUUCUUAUUCAGGGAGUUUUUUGCUUCUUGAUUGAUCUUCUCUUAUCGUUGAAGCUGGCCUUUUUGGUUGCCAUGGGAGACGGCCGCCACCAGCCCCUGAACAACAGACACACCGUAAUAUACAUAGUACGAAGGAGACACGCAGGCGAGAUGAUGGUGUACUAUAUAGACAACAAGAGGCCCCGGUUAAAAGAGAAGAAGAAACCGUAUCUUCGAAAAUCAGACAAGACCCCGUUCAGCUUGAAUAGUUCAUAG